AUUGGCUAAGAAGUUCUGAGUUAAAGCCACAGGUUGAGGGAAGCAUAUAUCAAAAUGUUAUCGGAUGUUUCUUUAUGCAAAAUUCAAACCCUUUUCAUUAUUUUAUGAAGUUACCAUUUUGUUUUAUCUCAUUGUCAAUAAGCCACAUAGGACAAAACAUCAUAGUCUUGAAUUGUUUCUGUACCAAACCUGAUGAAUGCUUGAACAAUCAACUGCCUUGGCAUCACUUUUGUCCUGUAUCCAUUGUUGUUAUCUUUAUCUUACUGCAUAUCAAAACAAAUGUGGGCAUCAUAACUAUAUAAUUCAAUUACUUUAUAGAGCCAAACUGUCUGUGUAUGCACAAAUACUCAUAAUUUGGUGUUCCACAACUUUCUUCCUCAUGAUCCUGAGAUCGAUGAUGAGCCAAUUCAAGCUAUUUGAUUGCUGUAUCUUUUAGUUGAUUUUACAUGUCAAUUAUUCUAACCAGUAUAUGAAGUCAACUCAAUUAUCACAUUACAGUCAUUUUACAAACAAGGAUUGACCAUGGAAGUCCCUUCUGUUUUUGAAUCUACACUGUCAUUUACAGCCAUUACUCUUUUAACACUGACUGCCGUUGUAGCUGGGUACUUCAAACUGAAAGUUUCAUGGGUUCUGAGCAAGAAACUUCCACCAGGGUCAUUUGGAUUUCCCUUUGUUGGAGAAUCCAUUAGUUUUGUGAGAGCACAGAAGCAGAACAAGACUGAAGAAUGGAUCCGAAAACGCAUCGACAUGUUUGGACCGGCAUUCAAGACCUCACUGAUGGGCAGAAAGACUGUUGUUUUGACAGGACAAGCUGGUAAUCGGUUUGUGUUCAGUGGAGCUGAUAAUUGUAUAUCUUUGAACCAACCCAGUAGAGCAGUCAAAAUUUUCGGAAAAUACAGCCUCUUUGAGAUUUCUGGAAAGCGGCACAAGCUUAUUAGAGGUGCCAUUGCAAGCUUUCUAAAACCUGAAAGUAUUCAGAGAUAUUUGCAGCAAAUGGAUACCCUGGUUCAAGAGCAGCUAUCCAAGGAGCUUAAUGGGAAGGAUUCAGUACAAAUUGUGCCACUGAUGAAGAAGAUCACUUUCAAUGUGAUUUGCACUAUAUUCUUUGGAUUACCAGAUGGGGAGGAUAAAGAUAAACUUUUGGAAGAUUUUUCAAUUACCCUGAAAGGAUUAUGGGCAGUUCCUGUGAAUAUUCCUGGGACUACACUUUAUAAAGCAUUGCGGGCAAGAGGCAGAGUCUGUAAGCUCCUCUCCAAGCUAAUAUCAACCAGGAAAACACAAAUGGAAGAAGGAAUAGUUGAUGACUCCCAAGACAAUAUGAUCUCAAGCCUCCUUGCUCUGAGAGAUGAAAAUGGUGAACCUUUACUUGAACAGGAAGUUCUCGACUUAUUUUUAUCCUUGAUAAUGGCUAGCCAUGAGACAACCACAACAGUUCUCAGCCAUUUAGUAAGACACUUGGCCAGGGACCCUGAGGUAUCUAACAAUGUCCUUCAAGAACAAAGAGAAGUUGUUAGCAAAAAGACCAGAGGAAAGCUCAGCUGGAAUGAAAUGCAAAUGAUGAAGUAUACAUGGAGAGUAGCUCAAGAGCUCAUGAGACUGACUCCUCCUGUUUUUGGAAACUUUCGACUUAUAAAAAGAGACAUCACCUUUGAUGGCUUUCAUAUUCCUAAAGGAUGGCAGUUGUUUUGGGUAGCUUAUGGCACACACAUGGACAGCAACAUAUUUGAAGAUGCAGAGAAGUUUGAUCCAUCAAGAUUUGAUGCAAAUUCAAGGUCAUUUCCUCCAUACACAUACAUCCCUUUUGGAGCAGGACCCAGAAUAUGCCCUGGAGCUGAAUUUGCAAGAAUUGAAACUCUGCUGGUAAUUCAUCAUCUAAUAACAAAGUAUGAAUGGACACAAGUCUUCCCUGAUGAGCCUAUCACUCGAGAUCCUGUGCCACUUCCUGCCAUGGGCCUUCCUGUCAAUCUUCAUCUCAGAAAUGAUCUUUAGAAAUUCGGGGAUCCUUUGUUGCAUCUGGUAAAAUCCUGAAAGUGUGUAUCAAGAAUAAUUUUCAGGACAUGUAAAGGUUUAAUCUUUCAUGUUGUCUUCAAGCUUUUAGAUGUUGAAUGAGAUCGCAUGCUAAAGUUUAAUCUUUCUGAUUCUGCAAGUUUUCAUGUUGAGAAGUAAAAAUGAAUCAAUACAAGUGUUGUUGGAUGCU